CUGCAGAGUCCCGGGCAGCUGCAGUUUGCGCUCCGUUAUGCCGUCCCUCCGCGAGCGCAUUAAAAACUACCUGAAUGGAGACUCGGUGGUGUCGCGACUGCUGGGCAAGGUGGAGGAGAAAACCGGCAUAAAGAAGUAUUAUCUUGCGACAGGUUCUGUUUGCACUUUAGGACUCUACCUUAUAUUUGGUUAUGGAGCGUCUCUAGUCUGCAAUCUUAUUGGUUUUGUGUAUCCAGCCUACACAUCGAUCAAAGCAAUUGAAAGCGCAGAUAAAAAGGAUGACACAAUAUGGCUGACUUACUGGGUCGUUUAUGGAGUGUUCAGUGUGGUGGAAUUCUUCUCUGAUAUAUUUCUCUUUUGGUUUCCCUUUUACUACCUUGGGAAGUGUGCCUUUCUCCUUUGGUGUAUGGCUCCAUUCUCCUGGAACGGUUCCCAGAUUCUUUAUGAUCGCUUCAUCCGUCCAUUUUUCUUGAAACACCAUCAGACUGUAGAUAGUGUUGUAAGUGAUCUCGGAGGACAUGCGCUAAGCACCGCAGAGGCAGUCACAAGGGAAGUCCUGCAGACUCUCACUAGCGGCAGAUCUCUACUGGCACGAGAGAGGGGGCAGCAGGCCCUCCCCAGCACCUCUCAUACAAAGGAAUCUUGACAAACGCGUUGGAAUCUGAAAAGGACAAAUGACUGAAAAUCUCUGCCAAUGAAGGACUAUCAACAAACUGAAAAAAUAAACACUUAUUUGAUAUAAAUCCUGAUUCCCUUUCAACCGAUGCCAGCAUUUUCUACAUUACAGUCCCAGAACUCUUUGUGCUUAAAGUUGUUGCUAUUCAGAAAUUAAUCUGACUGGUACUUCUAUAUGUUAUGUAGGUUCUGUAGUGAGGCAUGCGUCUCCCGUUUUUUUCUUUCUUUUUCUUGAUAACCUUUUUUUUUUUUUUUUUCUCCCAUCUCUUAUUUAUUAAUAGUAGCUUUUUCUGAUAGGUCUUUUGUUUUGUGAUCUGUUAAAAAAUGUAUCCACAACAGGAAAGGAAGUGAGCCCGAUAAGUUGGCGCAUCUCUUUAACAUUCAGGUAAACAACUGUGACAUUUGGUGGUAGACACUGCAAGAAAUAUAAACUUUCAUACUGUGAACUUCUGGUCUAAACAAUAUUUAUUGAUUUAUUUCUUGUGUAACAGUUAUCACAUGCACCAGAAUGUACUGCUUAUCAGUUCACAUUUUAAUGCUUAAACUGUUGAUAGGAAUUUUCUUUCUUGUAUUUGUUUUUAUUGUUGAGUAAAGAAAGGCACAAAUUCA